AGCAAAGAAGUGGCACAUUAAUGAAGCGCCGCUCCGGGGGUCUUUUCUGCUCAUGUCACCACAUAAAACUAUCAGAUGGUUCGAGGAAGGCCAUGGAGGCAGGCACUUAGCUCACCUUAUCAAGCUAGAAGAGAGAGGGUAUCUUGUCUGUUCGUCCGACUGGACAAGAGGAAACUGCUCUCCAUUUGCUUAUAGCAUUUGUUGAAGCUUAUCUACAACUCAUCUAAAGGGGCAGACUUGUUUUAGUCUCUCUCUCUCUCUCUCUUUUACAUGAGCGACAGUAGAGCAGCUUCACAUCAACAGCGAAUGCUCCAGUAUCGGACUCCCAACUUUCAGCGCUCUGAAACUUGGACAAGCGACAACCGGUAAACUGCUCCUUUUCUGUUGUUUUAUGCUUUUCCUCGAUUUGAGAUUUAUUCAUUUCAACAUUCAGGCUGUUCUCUGAAAAAAAUAAAAAAUAAACAAGAGGAUGCCUCGCCCGGGCAGAAACACUUACAGCGACCAAAAACCUCCCUAUUCAUACAUCUCUCUCACCGCCAUGGCGAUCCAGAGCUGCCCCGAGAAGAUGCUGCCGCUUAGUGAGAUCUACAAAUUCAUCAUGGACCGCUUCCCGUAUUACCGCGAGAAUACACAGCGAUGGCAGAACUCACUGAGGCACAACCUGUCCUUCAACGACUGUUUCAUCAAGAUCCCGCGGCGGCCGGAUCAGCCGGGUAAGGGCAGUUUCUGGGCGCUGCACCCGAACUGCGGCGACAUGUUUGAGAACGGCAGCUUUCUUCGGCGCCGCAAGCGCUUCAAGGUGCUCACGUCGGACCCGCUGGCACCGAGCAAGCCGUCGGAGGCUGCACAUUACCUGCAGCAGCAGCAUGCCAAGCUGCGUCUGAGCGCGCUGGCCGCCACUGGAGCGCACCUGCCACAUGUGCCCGCCUACAACCUGACCACACCUCCGCCGUCCACCUUCAAACACCCGUUCGCCAUUGAGAACAUCAUCGCACGCGAUUACAAGGUGCCGGGCGGCCUGGCCUUUUCCACGAUGCCCUCCAUGUCUGCCGGUUACCCGUUACCCGGUCAGCUCGCCACAGCCUGGCCGCACGUGUAUGGAGCGGGAGCACUUGAGAGCGCUGCGCCCAUUUCCGUGGCGAGCGAUUACGGCACAUACGGCGUGCCUAUCAAGUCUCUGUGCCACGGAGCGCAGAGUUUGCCCGCCGUACCGGUGCCCAUCAAGCCCAUGCCCCCGCAUCUGCCCGCGUUUCUCUCGAACUCUCCACAGUCUCUAAGCCCCACAUCCCCUCACACGGCAACCGGCCAGAGCAGUCCGGCCAACCCGAGCGACACGCUGAGCGGCCCGGCCACCCUGCAGUCAGUCGCAGUGCACUGAUGAGGGCCAAAGUUGACGGAAAUAUUCCGGGACAAGGAACUGGAGGCCUGUAGACAGCUUCACGGCUACGUCCGAAACCUCACACUACUGUACUAAAUACAGAACAGUACUCCACCCGAGGUUUCAUCUACAUUUAUAUAGUAACUGUCUCAUGGAUUUAAUGCAGUUUUCACAGCUCCACUCUAAAGACUCUGCAUUUCUACAAUGUCCCCAAUCUGUAUGAACGCAAAAGGUUUUAAGUUCACAUGAACGCACAACUUUACAUCACCACAAAGCUGUUGUUAACAUGGUGAAGUUUUCUGGGCUUGUUUUUGCGCUUUUACGCACCAGAUGAUCCUGUAGCUGAUUAUAGCAGGCGGACUAUUUUUGCCAUGUUGCGUUUAGUGCGGCAGUUUGCGGUGUAGGACGUAGCCAAAUAACUUCUCCAAAGCUGAAUUUUUAUUUUAGCCCUUGAAAACGUUUUCCACAAUGUUAGCCUAUAUCCGCUAUACAAUCAAGGCAAGAGCUAUAUCUGUGUUGCAGUGAUGUUAAUUUAUGUGUACGUGUUUUCCGACUUUGUGUGUUGCUUUAAAUAGUUUUCGUCUGACAACACCGACUCAGUACAGAUAGGCAUAUUUUAGUUUUUUCCUCAAGAAGAAGAAGAAGAAGAAACAGAGUUUAACUCUGACAUACCAGGAUCUUUUCUAAAUGGAAGGACGCUGGCAAAAUGUAAUAAUAAUAAUAAUAAUAAUAAUAAUAAUAAUAAUAAUAAUAAUGCUGUCCUUCUAAUAUCAUAAAUUUAGUGUUAAUAAGGUCAUUAUUCUGGACAGACAGUUAAACUCACUUUGGUUUAUAAAGUUACAUUUGGUGUGAGCACCUUUUGGCAAACUUUGCAACAAACUUUUAAAAUCUUCUUUGGUGUGUUAAAUGAGUGCAGAUGAAGCUUAACCUAAAAUGCUCUUCGAUAAGACUGUAACACAAAACAACAAAAUGAACAGCAAAACGUUUUAUUUUUCAUACCAAACUAUAUCAGCAUUAGAUUUUACACACGGAGCUACACAUACUGAAAACUUGAAACCUACAUUUUAAAAGAUGAGGUGAUUGUGAAAGGCGUAUAUAUGUGGAAAAAAAAUCGCAGAUAAGUGAUAUAAAAUGUGUUAAAUGAUGCACUUUUUAGUUCGAUGUUUUAGAUGAUCUCUAUUUUACAGGAGAUGUUUUGUGGAGCAUUUAAUUUAAAGCCGUGGUGACCAUGUGUAUUAAAUGCCGUACAUUUGUAACCUUUUUUUCUUUUUAUGUUCAGAUGUAAAGCAUGCAUUUUUGAAACUUUGUGUUGUUUUUGUUGCAAGCAUGC